GAGUACCACGCCUCUGACAAAGACGCGCGCAUGGGUAGUGCUGGCUUGUGCGCAUGCGUGUGCUGUGUCGCGCGGUAUCAUCUCGCGGGCAUUGCUCAAUUGCCUCUCGCACUGUUUCUCCGGCUGGGAGCGGCCGGAGCUCGGUUCUGGGGAAGGGGAGACCCCAGGACGUUUCCGCCCGCACAACUUGAGUCGGGGGAUGGUGCUGCGUCAUCUAAUGGUGCGUGACGUCAUUGUGUGAGGUAACGUGGUGCCUAGUGACGUCACUGUGCCUGGCAAUAGUGUGAGCUGUAUCAGGAAUGUAAGUGGCACUUGCAGGGUCUCCUCAGCUUCUCGUUAGGCCACUCCCCCUGCUGCCAGAGAAACAUGGCGGCCCCCUGCAAGUUGGACAACAAGAACACGCUGAAGAAGACCAAGUUUGACCUGAGGAUCAUCCAGUCGUACCUGCUGAAGGUCAGCGAGAGGCGGGAGCUGCUCAAGAUCCCAGUGGAGGAGUUGGACCAGCACCUGGCAAACUUCAUUGGCUCCCACCGCAAGCAGGACGGCUCGGAAUAUGAACCCGGCACCCUGAGGGGCAUCCUGGGAAGCCUGGACCGACACUUUGAGAAAUCAAACUACCCCUAUGCCAUCUACCGCUCCCGAGAUACCAAGUUCCUCAAGACGGUGAAGGCCAUGAAGGAGAAACAGAGUUACCUGAAGAAGAUCGGGAAAGGAAACCAUCCUCAUCACACGGAACCACUGACAGAACAAGAGAUCGAGCUCUUAUACACCUCCGGUACCAUCGGCAUGCACAAUCCCACCGCCCUCUUGCACAUGCUCUUCUUCAACAUUGGCCUCCACUUCAGCCUCCGGGCGAUGGAACAGCACAGUCUAAUAUGGGGCGAAAUUGUCCUCAAAGCUGACUCCCAGGGCAGGAAGUACCUGGAGUACACGAAAAAGCUUUUCCCAGGCAGGAAUUUGGGGAAACUGCGCCCGUCUGAGACCAUGAAGAUGCAGAUCUACGAGAGCCCCGAGCAGCCAGACCGGGAUGUAGUGAGGGCUUACGAGAAGUAUUCCCUGGAGAGGCCGGAGAAGAUGAAACGCAAGGAAGCCCCCUUCUAUCUGACCCCCCAGUCCGACUGCAGGCCGGGCUAUGCCUGCUGGUAUAAAAGCCUGCCCAUGGGGGAGAACAGGAUCCGGAGUAUCAUGAAAAACCUAAAAGCAGCGGCAAAGUUGCCUCCUCAGAAGAGAAUCAUGAGCCACAUUUCCUUGAAGUCCCUGAGAGCCAAAAGUCUGGAACUGACUGGGCCAAGGAACAAGGAUGUGAAGAAUGAGCAGGCCGGCUCGUCUGUGAAUGGGGCCCCUCCGGGAAACACUGAGGAUGCCUUGGAUACUGAGCGUGAAUACAAGCCGAGGAAAAGUAGUACCCGAGGCAGCCGGGUUCCCAUAUCACGGGCGUUCUCCUCCCCGGUCAGCCAGCGCUUAACUCUUCCCAGCCACAAGGCCAACAGGGUGAAAGACGACUGGGAACUGGAUCUGGAAAAUUCCCUGAAUCUGGUAGGAGAUUCCGAAGAAAGCAGCCUUUUCCCACAGCAGGUGUCCGUGGCGUUCCACGACGUGGCUGCAUGUUUCUCAGCAAAGGAAUGGGGGCUGCUAGAGGACUGGCAGAAGGAGCUGUACCGCAACGUCAUUCGGGAGAUCCAUGCCACUCUGAAGGCCAUGGGUUGCACCAUUGUCAAUUCGGACGUGCUGCUAAGGAUUAAAGAGGAAGGUGUCGGCAGGAAGGAAAGCGACAGUGACAAGACAGACACCGGCACAGCACCCAGCGGCAGCUGCAACCCUGACAUCCUUCUGAGAAUCAAGCACGAUGAGCUUCCCGACUGGAGAGACAUGGAUGUGGCUGUGAAAGAGGAGGAGCUUGAAACGUCCAACUCCAGUGAGUGCAGGAGGGGGUGCAGAGGACUGAGGGGGUGUCAGUCUUUUGCACUGGUGCCUUUUAUAUGCAAUGAAUCAAGGGGCAUUCCAGUGUUUGAUCCUGACCUUUCCAUGUGGAUCUUUAAGGAAGCGACAGAAUUGUGUCCUUCAGAAAAUGCCAGUGAUCAAGUCCUGCCCUGUGAUGCCGUGGAGGAAGGCCACAUCUCCCACUCCAUCCCCUUACCAUUUAAAGAGCCGAUGUCUGAGAUAUCUGCACCAUCCCAUUGCCCAGAAGCCCCUCGCCCAGGCAAGAGAAAAAGGCGCCCCCCGCAGAGACGGAGCAGUGAGCAGAGGCCAGACACAGACGAUGAGGAGCAACUGGAUUUUCUAGGAGAAUCCCAGCACCCCCUUCAGUACAAUAACCCCUCCCCUGAGGACAACACUGAUUGGAUGCCCCAGCAGCGGCUGUACCUAUGUGACCUGUGUGAGAGGAGCUUCAGUGAUUGCUCCAUCCAGCCUGGCAGGUCCCACUCCUGCCCUCAGUGUGGGGGAACCCUGAACCCCCUGUAUAACCAGUCAGAAUGCACUAACACCAAUGCUAACAUUGAUCAUAUUCUCCAGUUCAGUGACAAUCCAGGAGGCACUGGGUUCUCCCUCCCCAUGCAGGGACCAGUGGGGUGACCCCCCCCCCCCAGUUUCACCUGUGCUUUAUCCACACUGGAUUUAAUUUAUUCACUGAGACCCAACACCAGACUAAGUGGACUCCUUGGUUCCUUCUUCCUGCCUAAUCUGUGGCACUGGCUCGGUAUAGGAGGGUGACCACUUGCAGUGUGUGUGCUAGUUCUUUAGGCUGCACUAUGAAACAGCACUGGGUGCAUCUGUAUGGCAUCUCCCGCAGCAAUUGGUGCUUCAGUGUGUUUGUGACCGUGGAACAAUUAACAUUUGGACUGUGCCUGUAGAAGGGACCUGAAUCUCCUGUUACCACUUUCAUUCGGAUUAUCUGCUCUUCUCUGCUUCCAUUGGUCAGUUGGCAUUGAAGAGAGAGAGAGCAAAUCCCCCCCUGCCCCAUUAUGUACUUGGUUUAGUUCAUUUUAUUCUUGCCUCGACUGGACAGUAGCACCGUUACCUGCGACCAGAGAGAGUGUGUGCCUUAAAUCUCAGUCUUCCCAGAAUCCUCUUCUGAAUGGCCAAACCCAAGGUGGAACCAUAAUGGCUCCAUGUUGCUACAUUGUAUUAUGGGCUGUUAGGCCUGAUCCCAGGCAGCUGGUAAUAUUGCAGUAUUAAUGGUGUUUGUGCAGGAGACGCCCUACUGCUUCUCUCUACUCUUCUCUUUACGCUCACUGCAGGCUGCGCUGAUCCAACAGAUGCCGAGUAUCUACACUACAGAGACCUGCUCUCUACUGGAGACAUGAGUUCCUGUUACACUUGCAGCUGAUACUUCCUGUUAUGCAGCACUGCAUGAUGGGAUAUCCUUAGUGCUUUACGCACGUCGCACACACUGCACAUUGGGGCACGUUUUGGUACAUGGGAGUAUGAAUCCCUGGUGCAAAUACUAGUUGCUCUAAUGCACCUGCCCCAUAGAAUUAGUCUUAGAGAGGGUUGUAGAAGUGGCAGAAUGAAGCAGACUGGCAGCAGGGGUGGUACUGAUGUCUUUGGAUUAGCCUAUCAGCUCCUGCCCCUUAUGUCGCAGUGAAGGGCUUGAGUCUGUAUCACAGUAAGGGGGCGGGGCAAGUUUAGAAUUGGGCGGGGCAUCAGAUUCCAUUAUGAUCCUGUGCUUUGUGUUGAUACAGAAGGCAGUUGGCAAGGUGACACUUGUAGGAUUCUGGGCAGAGAUGAACUCUGUACCCUGUGACUAACAGGUCCAAUCAGAUGCUCUGUAGUGUAGGGGCGUGGCCAGUGCUGAAUUUUUACACCAUGUGAAGUCAUGAUGAGCUCAGAUCCAGUAGUGUUGUUAGAUCUGUCACUUGGUUGUGUUGCCCGAGGGCCGUACUGAUGUAGGGGGCUUUUAUAUUUCUUUGUUACAACUAGAAAUCUGUAGUGAAAACAUAAGCAAUAAAACGUGUUUUUAAUAA